AUGAGUGACAAAUCCUCCGCAGACAUCUUCUGCGCCACGUGCCAGAAGAACCAGCAUCUCUUCGUCACAUCGCUGGCCCAGUACACGUCGAGCGAUCCUUCAAACGACAGCGACUUUGGACUAGACAAGGAGUAUUAUCGAUUUCGCAGGGGACUCGAGAAACGCUAUCCGCAGGUGUGCGAAUCUUGUGCGAAGAAUGUCGAACGGAAGAUUAGGAACGCCGAGUACACAGCCAAGACUGACCACCUCAGGAAGAUGACGGAGAAGGGCCGGCAGGUCAGAACAAUCUACGCACAGAGAACGUGGUUAGACUAUAUCGAUGCGCUGGGUCGUUGGCUUUGGCGGGUAGGCCUAGGCUCGCAGGUAUUUUGGCACCUCUUGGGGUCAUUGGAACUCCUGGCGCAGAGUCCUGAUGGAAUGUCGAAUCCAGACGGGGACGGUUGGCUCAAACAUGGUGCCAGUGCUGUUGUCGAGCAAGUGCGAGACCCCCUCGGCAACGGCGUGCUUCUUCAAGCCAGCUUAGCCACCAGCCUUGCGUCCGCAUGGUGGAAUCCCAAGUUUGUCCAAGUGAGUCGGGGCUUCACGAGACAACUGUCAGGACUUGGCCACUGGUACUUUUUCCAAGCUCUCAUAUGCGGCAUGCGAUUUGUGCUGCCGCUCUCGGACGUCAGCUCGCAAAACCGCAGUGCCCAGCUCUGCAUACACCUCGCGCUGGCCAGCUUGACGAUAUUUUUCAGCAUUCUGGCUCCAAGGUGCAUAAGAACAGAUAUGACACCAAUCUUUGGACAGCAUAAGCCGCCCCUGGCACCGACUAGUCAACCAACGUGGGUCGAACAUGAGGGACGCGAGGCCAGCCAAUCCUUCGCCGAGACACUAGGCGCAGCUCUCGAGGAGACACCCAGAAGCGCUUUACCUCCGGACGUGGACAUGUCUGCCAUUCGCGAGUCAUCUCCCUUCGCAGCGAGCCCAUCACGGCGGGGGUUGGUAGAUGAAUUUCAGGACGAAGAUGCAAUGGAAUGGACACCAACAAACGCACAAGCCUUACCGAGAGCCCUGAGGGAGUCCCCUCGUGGCAAUCAGCCUGCUUUCGGCGCCGCUCCAACGCAAGAGGGGAGUCGCCCAUUCUACUUCAAAGUGCCUGAGGCGCCAUCAUGCCCCGCCAAAAAGGCGCGCCUUCCUGCUCACCAGCCUGUCAUUUGGGGCUCCAGCGGUGGAAAUGAGUGGACGCAGAACAAGGGCGUCGAGGCGACUUCAAGGGCAAGUCCAAUGGUCAGCACGGCCGAGCAACAAUACACCCAGACGAAAACGAAUCGAACAAAUGUAGACUUUGCGAAUCCGAGAUGGCAUGCGCCGAGGCAAGGCGACGCGGAGGAUGGCGAGCUGGCGGAUCUUCUUGUUAAAGGCUUCAGCCUUGAGCCGGGGAAGAAAGGCGCAGGAACUAGUACGAGGUCAUGGCUCGGAUUUUGA